AUGCCGCGACUCGUCCGCCGAAAACCGCUCUCGGAACGCAUUAAGGCAUACCUCGACGUCCACGACAUACUCCUCUGGCUAUCCGAAGAGCUCAACGAUGACGCGUACGGCGACUGGCUGAAGCUAUGGGCAACUCCCAUCGGCAUCGCUCUGAACCUUGUGUUCAUACUGGCAAGAGGCGCAAGCAGCAAGAGCUCUGGGCAGGGCGACGAUGUGUUUGGCGACGACAGUGGUGGCAGUGGAUGGUUUUCUUGGCUGGUGAGUACACACACGGCAUCACUGUAACAGGACGGACUUUGGCUGAUUUGGCGGAUAUCAGUGUGCUUUCAUUGUUCACUGCCUGACAUGGACGUGCGUUGCGAAUGCGCUCUACACCUUCUUGCGAAAGCGACACUAUCGCCUGUUUGAGCAGCCUGUCGACAUUGCCCCGGCCACCCCAUCGGCUCAUCGAGUGCGAGUAGACAGCUCUCCAGCUUCUUCGUCGCCCUUGAGAUUGCUACAAAACGUCAUCGCAUCCAGCUCAGCGGCGUCUCGCGCCUAUCCCGACGCCGAGCGUGAAGUAUGGGAGCUGAGCAUAUGGGAUCCUAAGCCUUUCAAUCUGGCGAUCUUCACCCUCUUCUCGCCUGGUCAUAUCCUGGUCUACUUCCUACUUCUACCGCCAGCAGCUCUGGAUCCAAGGCCCUCCGUCGCCGUCUUCACUGCCAUCGCUUUCAGCGCCUUGCUUUCCUUACAGCUGUGGUUCCUGAGAACCUCAUUCGGCCAGCAGGCUAAAGAUACUGCUCUUAUCCACGGAGAAGUGAUGAGCGAAUACGACACAAAAUUCGUGCAUCCGAAUCUCAACAAAGCUGUCCGCGACGUUGGCAUACAGACGCGCGAAAGCGCCAUUUCGCCUCGAGGUACCCGGACUCGUGAAGUAGAUGUCUACACACCGACAACGAUCGUCAAGCGCGGUUUCAGACCGAAUCCAAACCCAAACUAUGCAAGCCAAUACGAUCCAGACAAUCUUGCAGGCCAAGCCGGAGAUUCGCGGAGAUCGUCGAGCUUUGGAACGCCCAUACUGGAGACGCCCUCAAAUGGAUACGUGAAUGCGCAUACACAAUCUGCAUAUUCGAGACCCAGCGUCGCGGACUUUUCAUCUCCGCUGAAGCCGCACCAUGAGAGAUUGCGUGAUCGCAGCCCAAUGAAAGGAGAUGGAGGAAGUAUGGGCGUGUACAACCACGUUGCGAGCCCGCUGAGAAAGACUGCUAGCAGCAAUCAGCUCAGGACAGGUCGCGAGGGUCUCGACGUCAGGCGAAGUGGAAGUGGGUUGAAGCGCAUGAGCACACCUGGGGACGGCGGCAACUACGGCCCCGAAAUCACGCGAAGGAGAGAAACUGGACGAUACUAG